AUGACUGAAUGCAAAGUAUUAAGAAACAUUCGGCAUCGAAAUCUUGUCAAGAUUUUAACUUCUUGUUCAAGUCUUGAUUCAAAAGGCGAAGAUUUCAAAGCCCUUGUUUUUGAGUUCAUGCCCAAUGGGAGUCUAGAUGAUCGGUUGCAUCCGCCUAUGGAGGCACAUAAUCAUUCAAGGAAAUUAAGCCUUCUUCAAAGAUUAAACAUUGCAAUUGAUGUGGCUUCUGCAUUGGAUUACCUUCAUUAUCACUGUUACGCGCCAAUUGUUCAUUGUGACUUUAAGCCAAGCAAUAUUCUACUGGAUGGUGAUAUGACUGCACAUGUCAGUGAUUUUGGUUUGACAAGGCUACUUUUAGAUCCCGACGACAAUUCAUCCCAGGCUCAAACUAGUACCAUUGGUAUAAAAAGAUCUAUUGGCUAUGUUGCUCCAGAAUAUGGCAUGGGUGGAAGCACAACUAUACAAGGGGACAUGUUCAGCUGUGGGAUCCUUUUAUUGGAGAUGUUCACAGGAAAAAGGCCAAUAGAUCAGAUGUUUACCGAAAACUUAAAUCUCCACAACUUUGCAAAGGCAGCUUUAUCUAUACAUUUAAUGCAGAUUUUAGAUCCAAAACUCCUACUCAAAGAAGAACAAAGUGAAGAAAUUGAUGAGCGUGCUAUCAAAGGUCCUAGUCAUAGGACAAAUAAAUUGCAAGAUUGCAUAAAGCCAAAAUUGAAAUUGCACUCCAGUGCUCCGUGGAAUCGUUAA